CUUCAGUCAUGAAGACCUUACCAAAAUGCGUCUAAUCAAUGUGAACACACUCCUACUGGAGGAGUUCAUAGGCUGGUGUCCUCAGUACGCAACGUUAUCUCACACUUUGAAUGGCACGCAGGAGAUAAGGUUCAAAGAGUGGCAGGAACAAGAUGUCGCCAGAUCGUAAAGGGUACGCCAAGAUACUCGGGGCUUGUCGAUUAACACGAGAAUUCGGCCUCGAGUACCUGUGGGUUGAUACGAACUGUAUCGACAAGGAAAGCUCCGCCGAGCUCUCAGAGGCAAUCAACUCAAUGUUCAACUGGUAUCAGGAAUCGGCUGUCUGUUUGGCUUUUCUCGAAGACCUCGACUUUGAGGAUAUCACUUUACCCAGCUCAGGCGAUGAAGUCGUCCCUAGGACGAGACCUGUCUGUUUCAGGACCCAGGGCCAACAACAACAUUGUCGGCCUGAACUCGCCCGUAGUCAUUGGUUCACUCGCGGCUGGACAUUGCAAGAACUCUUAGCUCCAAGGCGGAUGUACUUCUUUGACAAAAGCUGGAGGAUCCUAGGAUCACGUCAAGACUUUGCGUCUGAAAUUUCAAACAUCACCGGAAUACGGAACGAGUUCAUUUCCGGCGUCAAGUCGGUUCUAGACGCAAGCAAUUCCGAGAUGUUUUCUUGACUAGCAGACCGGGAAACGACACGUCCUGAAGACAUGGCUUACUGUGUACUCGGGCUCACCAUGCCGUUGCUCUAUGGAGAGCGUUCGGCGGCCUUUAUGCGCCUCCAGGAAGAGCUGAUCCGCAUCUCGGACGACCAGACAAUCUUCUGUUGGACGUGGGAUCAUACGAUCCCACAAGACUGGAGUAGACUACUCGCACCAUCGCCCGCGGCCUUCGACGGCGGCGACCCGUUCUUCUGCGGAUCCGAGACUGACGAGCACAUUGUCGAAUGGAGAAAGCCCAUAUCGUACUUGAUGACCAACGUA